AUGAGUUUGCGUACAUCGAUGUUGCGGGCUUCGUCCCGGUCUUUGGCGUCCUUUGGCGUCCGUCAAGCUCCAAUUGGUGCUCGUUACAUGUCGACUCCAGCUCAUCAGGACCCCAAGGAAAAGGCCUCUUCGAUCUUGAGCGCCCUACCAGGCAACAGUGCAUUGUCCAAAACUGGUAUUUUGGCCACUUCCACCGCUGCUGCCAUCUACGCUAUCUCUAACGAGCUAUACGUGAUCAACGACGAAACCAUCCUAUUGGGUACUUUCACCGGUUUCGCCGCCAUUGCCAUCAAGUUCUUGGCCCCAGCUUACAAGGACUAUGCUGACGCCAGAAUGAAACAGGUUUCCGACGUUUUGAAUGCCUCUAGAACCAAGCACGUUGACGCUGUCAAACAAAGAAUCGAAUCUGUUUCCGAAUUGCAAAACGUUUCCGAAACCACCAAAGUUCUAUUCGACGUUUCCAAAGAAACUGUCGAAUUGGAGGCCAAGUCUUUUGAAUUGAAACAGCAAGUCGAUUUGGCUGCCGAAGCCAAGUCUGUCUUGGACUCGUGGGUCAGAUACGAGGCUUCGGUCCGUCAGCAACAGCAACAGCAGCUUGCCGAGUCCGUUAUCAGCAAGGUCACUUCCGAGCUUGCAAACCCAAAGUUUCAGGACAAGGUUUUGCAACAAUCCGUUGCUGAUGUCGAAAAGUUGUUUGCCAGCUUGAAGUAA